AUGUUGUACUCUUCUCUACUUCUGCUGGCUCUCCCAUCUGGCCUUUCGGUCAGAGGAGCCAUGGCCGCUCCAUCCGCUACGCAUGAGAAACGAAGUCUCGACACUGCUUCUAUCGCANAAAAGUACUUCGGCAACGACGCACCUUGGUACCAGAAUCGAGUCGCAUAUUUCGAAUGCAGCGACUCGCAAAUAACCGACGUUUUCUACUAUCGCUGGAAGAUCUUCAGAGCCCAUCAGCGUGAUUUAGGUGCGAAAGGUUACAUCUCGACGGAGUUCCUGGAUGAUGUCAGUUGGCAGCUCGAGCCUUACGCUUCGCUGAACGACGCUACUGGCUUCCACGUCGCUGAGGGCAGAUGGAAUAGAGACCGUCGGUUCAAGGACGACUAUCUGACUUAUAUGUUGACUGGUGGCGACGACCGUCAUUUCACGGACUAUAUCCAGGAUUCCGUGUAUGGGGCCUAUCUUGUGGAUGGUGAUGUUGCCAGUGCGACGAAAUACUUGUCGCAGAUGGAGAAGUUGUUCGAUUCGUGGAAGGAUCACUUUGAUUCUUCGAAGGGAUUGUACUGGCCUCUUCUUGACGCAACCGAAUACACUAUAUCUUCGAUCGAUGCUUCUGGCGGCAAGGACGGUUUCACUGGUGGAAAUGCGUUCCGCCCUUCCAUCAACAGCUACAUGUAUGCUAAUGCCAAAGCUCUUGCCAAAUUGGCUACUCUUGCCGGCCAGUCUAGCGUUGCCAAUGACUACAAUUCUCGGGCUGCAGCGAUCAAGAGCAACGUUCAGAAGAGUUUGUGGAACUCAACCUUGACCCACUUCAUCGACAGAUACCAGGUCAGCAAUGACUACGUCAAGUACUGGGAGCCAAUUCGCGGACGUGAGCUUGUCGGUAUUCUGCCUUGGACUUUCAAUCUUCCUGACAACUCUUCGGACUAUGCAUCCUCGUGGAAACACCUUUUGAACCCCAACGAACUUGGCGGUCCCAAAGGCCUGCGUACCGUUGAACCUAGCUACCAGUACUACAUGAAGCAGUAUCGCUACGAUGCAGCAACAGGUCGGCGCGAAUGCCAGUGGAACGGGCCAGUCUGGCCUUUCCAGACUACACAGGCGCUUUUAGCCAUGUCAAACCUGCUUGAUCAUUAUCAACAGAACGUGGCUACCAACUCUGAUUACAUCAGGUUGCUUAGACAGUAUACACAGCUGCACUACAACGGUGCAACACUCAACCUACAGGAAGACUAUGACCCGGAUAAAGGUGGUGCAAUUGUUGGCCUGCCCAGAUCGCCUCAUUACUUCCAUUCUGGCUACAUCGAUCUGAUCAUGACUGGUCUGGUUGGCAUCCGACCUCGUGCGGACGACUUCUUGGAGAUCAACCCUUUGAUUACAAGUGACAUCAAGUACUUCCGUGCUGAAGAAGUACCCUACCACGGCACCAAUAUUGCUGUUCAAUGGGAUGCUGAUGGCAGUCGCUAUGGUCAAGGGGCUGGUCUUCGCGUCGAGAGGGAUGGUGCAGUCAUCGCUACCUCUUCAACCCUCAAGCGUCUGGUCAUCCCUUUCCAGAAGAAAGCCGUCACAAGCAUUUCGCGGCCAAUCGCAAAGAGCAUCCAACUCCAAAGCAACAUCAGCUAUCCUCAUGGCAACGCUUCUUCUGGCACUAAUGUCGACAAUGUUCACGAUGCUAUCGACGGUCGUGUUUGGUUCUUCCCCGAGCUACCCAACGGCUGGAACUCGGACGUGAAUUCUGCAACCAACCAGUGGUACACUGUUACCUUUGCGUCUGCGACUCAGAUCUCAAGAGCCGAGAUUGCCUUCUUUGACAACGGAAAUGACUUCAAGGCUCCCACGGCGUACUCCAUACAGGUGCUGAGCAACGGCAAAUGGGUCGACAUUGGUGGAUUGAAGAAGAGCGCUGUCGUGGCGAAUGGUAUUACGAACGUACAGUUCACUUCGACCAGUGUUACACAAGUUAGACUUAGCAUGACACAAGCUUCUGGUGCAAGAACCAGACUGGUGGAAGUGAAGUACUUCUAG